AUGAAUGUAGGUAAACUAGUUGCAUCGAGCAAUGACAACUUUAUUAUUUUUGGUGGAAAUUGUGAGGAAACAUCACUUGUUGUGCGUAAGCAUUGUCAGUUCUUGUGCAAAGACCUGAAGGGGACAUUUGCACCUGAAAGGACAAGCUUAGGGCAUCCAUGGAAGUAUGAGGACAGAAUUAAAAUUGCAAAUGAGGUUGAGAAAUUUAAAAAAACCUUUUCUGAGAAACAGCUAAAGGAAAAGCAAUUUCGUAGACAAAUUGAUUGACCAUGCCCACGUGGAACCUUUACAUGUUAAGAACAAUGUAUGGCAAUAUUUCUUCAAAGAAGUGUUAAAAGAGGCACUUGCAAAAUCAAAUAUUGCAGGCAGCUGCAAAAAGUUCUCAGACAUCCCCAAUGACAGCAUAAUCUCAGGGGUUGUGACUGCACUACAGUUUGAGGUGAAAGCCAAAUGUUUGGCGAGGAAAGUAAAAAAACUGGUUUGA